GGCGGGGCCACAGGGGGCGGGGCCUAGCCGGGAGCCUACCUCCGAGCGCUGUCUCGGCGGAAACAGAGCAGCAACCGAGACGAGCAGAGCCAGUCGGUGGCCGCAGCGUGGGGGCUGAACGUUAAUAAAAGUAUCCAUGGAGAACGUUGGAAAUUCAGUGGAUUCAAAAUCCAUUAAAACUUCAGAGACAAAGAUCUUACAUGGAAGCAAAUCAGUGGACUCUGGGAUAUCCUUGGAUGAUAGUUACAAAAUGGAUUACCCUGAAAUGGGUUUAUGUUUAAUAAUUAAUAAUAAGAACUUUCAUGAGAGUACUGGGAUGUCAUGUCGGUCUGGUACAGACACAGAUGCAGCAAACCUCUGGGAAACCUUCAAGAACUUGAAAUACGAAGUCAGGAAUAAAAAUGAUCUCACAUGCAAAGAAAUUUUGGAAUUAAUGUCCAGUGUUUCUAAAGAAGAUCAUAGCAAAAGGAGCAGUUUUAUUUGCGUGCUUCUAAGCCAUGGCGAGGAAGGAAAAAUUUUUGGAACAGAUGGACCUGUCGAUCUGAAAAAAUUAACAGGUUUCUUCAGAGGAGACUGUUGUAGAAGUCUAACUGGAAAACCCAAACUUUUCAUUAUUCAGGCCUGCCGAGGCACAGAACUGGACUGUGGUAUUGAGACAGACAGCGGGGUUGAGGAUGACAUGGCCUGUCAGAAAAUACCGGUUGAGGCGGACUUCUUGUAUGCAUAUUCUACAGCACCUGGUUACUAUUCCUGGCGAAAUUCAAGGGAGGGAUCCUGGUUCAUCCAGUCACUUUGUGCGGUGCUGAAACAGUACGCUCACAAGCUUGAGCUUAUGCAUAUUCUCACUCGGGUUAACCGAAAGGUAGCCCUAGAAUUCAAGUCCUUCUCCACCGAUUCUGCUUUUCAUGCAAAGAAACAGAUUCCUUGUAUCGUGUCUAUGCUCACAAAAGAACUGUAUUUUUAAUCACUAAAGAAAUGGAUGAAUUUUUUUUUUGUAUGCCAAGUGAGGAAACGGUGUACCUGAUACUGUAUUUUCCUCUCAUUUAAAUCUAAUCUAAUCGCCCAGGUAAUACUCAGAAACAUGUCACUUUCAUAGCAAUAAAACUACGAUGAAGCUACCUCAAACACAAUCAGGUAGUUGACAUUGAAUUUAGUUAAGAAUAAAUAAAAAUGGAUAGUGGUACAGUCAUUCUGAGAGGAAAUGAUUGUAAAUAAACGGCUCUCAGAAUCAGCAAGUUUUAGUGAUUACGCUAUGCUACAAAUUUUCAAGGAAUUAUGGAAAACGGUAAACAUUUCAGGAAUGUAUUUCAUUGAUAUGGAUAUGCUGUUGUAUCAGGGAAGCUGUUCUGGUUUUUGUCAAACUAUAGAAAUGAUGAUGUGGAAUAAUGUAUCUUAGAACUUGGUGGCCCAUGUGUGUGGUCAAAGGCUUGAAGACCUGGAUCUUAGAAUUAGUAUUUGGAGAUAAGACAGUGGUAUUUUUCCAUCAUUUCUCUGAGCACAUGGUUUUGUGAUGUUUGUCCUGAGCAUGUCUUUGUUGUUUAAAAAAAAAAUCACGUUUAGUAUUGAAAAAGGAACUAAAUAUUUUACUUGAAAAUGUGUGAGAAAACUAAGUUGACUCUCUCAAGGUUAAGUGCAACAUUAAUAGAGGGAGACAGAGUUAGGACUUAUAAGGUGCUGAAAUGCAACUCUUCCCACCAGCUGCUGGGCCUCGCAUUCCCGCAGAAUAUCUGAAGGGCUCUUAUGUCACAACCUCAAACUUUGAUCACAUUGAUAGCAGCGUGAAUUGAAGAAAUUCUAUAGCAACAUAUUAAAAUACACCUUACAGAAUACACAGUGAGUUGUGAGGAAGAAACAGUAAAUCAAUCCGCUGGGCAUUCUGUAAUCAGAAGAUGGUUUGAGCCUGAACAGGGACACAGCGCAGCCGAUGUGGUGAAGGCAGAGCCAUAGACUACAGGCUUCAGGAAAAGGAAUGCUGGCUAGUUAUCUUCUUAUCUUGGGAUGCUCCCAAGACAACAAGCUCCAAGGCAGUGAACCAAAUCAAACUUCUCAAAUGGAAAUUUUCCAAAGAUGGUGAGAGUCAUAAUAAAAAUCAUAGCAUUCUUUUUUUUUUUUAAUUUUUCAGUGAUGGCUUUUAAUUGGAUGUUAAAUCAAAUUCUUAUCUGCCUUUCUGUAGAUAGCAUGUUAUAUAAAAUACAGUUAGCACCAGUACCACUGUAAUGAUACACUGAAUAACAAUUCACUUCUCACUUUACAAUGAGGGGGAGCAGAGCUGCGGUUGUCAGCUGUCAGAAAUUAAGUAUGUAAAUUAAUGCUUAAGUGUAUGAAUUUGAAUAUGAUUUACAAGAGUCCAGGAGUGUUGGGGGGGGGUGGAUACUGAGGUUUCUCUUUCCCCUUCAAGGUUGACAAGAGCUCAGUGACCUUUACAGACUGCACGUGGGCACGGGUGUGCCCUUGUGUGCACCUGGCCACCAAGCGUUGGCUGGGAGCCGAAAUACUCCCGAAGAGCAAAUCCUGGCCUCCUUCUGGAGCGUCCCUUCCUGCCAUCCAUGAAUGUCAGCCCAUAUAAGCAAUGUCACUAGCAUUUCCUCGUUUUCCAACAUAAGCAGUGAGUGUGGCCUAAUAAUAUGGGCCCUCAUCCAUCCUUUGCAGAGGAUGGGAAAAAUCAUAGCGCUCUUUGCAGUAAAAUUUGUGAGCAUGUUAAGUUGUAUUCUGUUGAUGUUUACAAUCAAAGGAGAAUGCUACUGUUAUGAUCAUAUACUGUUGUCUGAAAUGAAAGGACCGUGGUCCCCAGGACUUUAUCAGUCAUCCAGCCUUCCCUUCUUUGGUGCCCAGGGAAACUGAAGGCCAGAGAGGAGCAGCAGCACCGCCCCCAGCCGGGAGCCUCCUAGCUCAGGAGGGGUUGAGCUGUCCCUGCCCACUGCACCCUGAUGUUUUUCAGUCUGACGUUUCCCGUGAGCUUUCUUUUGCUAAAAGAAAGGAACUCACAUUUAUAAAUGAGAGCUAUUUGUUGUGACGAAGUAACUUUUUCUAAGUAAAUGAAGCAUGUAAUGGUAUCUUAAGGUGUGUUCUUGUGUGACAAUUUUAUUAAAAAUGUAUUAUUAUGAGUUUUUAUUUCCAAAUAUACAUUUUAACUUAAAAUUGCCAGCGCGUUCAAGUUUUCAUUGUUGUUUCUGAUGUGCUACUAACUGAAGUUAAAAUAUUUUUAACCAAGAGCUUGAUUUGGAAGGGCCAAGGAGUUUGCGACAGGAC